GUGCGCUGUGUCCCCCGGACACAGAGGAUCACCGAUCAUGGAAAGAACCGAAGAUGUUGUCUCGGUCAUGUGAUCAGCUGUGUCCAAUCACAGCUGAUCACUGAUCAUCAGGGCACUGAUGAUCAGUGUGCCCUGAUGAUCAGUGUAGCCCCAGCAGUGCCACCUGUCAAAGUCCAUCAGUGCCAGCUGUCAGUGCCGAUCAGUGCCAGUGCCUAUCAGUGCCACAUCAAUGCCACAUAUCAGUGCAUACCAGUGCACAUAAAUGCCACAUAUCAGUGCCCAUCUGAGCUGCCUUACAGUGUAAUCCAUCAGUGCCAGUCAGUGCCACCUAUCAGUGCUGACAACCAGUGCUGCCUAUCAGUGCCAGUCAGUGCCACCUAUCAGUGUGCAUCAAUG